AUAAACAGAAAACAGAAGCCUGCCUGACAUUAGAUCACAAUUUAGGUUCACAGAAGCGUGUGUGGGACACUUGAUAUUUUAACAUAAUUUUUAUUAUUGUUUGUCACUAGUUGGCACCAACAUGACUAAAGAUUUUUAGCAUUUUAAUUGCUAAUAAAAAAAUUCACAAUGCAUGCUAGAAUUGCGAAGCGACAUCGUCUUUGAUGAGUUGUGAUUAUAAUAAUAAUUAAAAAGUCCUAAAAACAUGAAUUUGCUAAGGCUAACAACAUGAAGCGUCAUUUUAUCACAAUAAUUUGUUUAUUAUUGGUUGGUUUAUCUGAAGAAGUGGAACAUGUCGCAUUCGUCAUUGUAAGCCAAAAUAACGACUAUAACGAUGCAUUGGCAAAGGAACUUGAACGGAACUUGGAAGCACAAUCACAAGAAAUGCAAAUUGACAAGCCAGAAAUCUACAUUUCCAAUAAAGUAUUUGAUGCCAGCGCAGAUUGGAUCAUAGCUCCCAUUAUAGCGCAAAUUUUGGAUAAAAUCGACAAGAAUUGCCGAUGGAUUGUUUUUUUGGAAGAUCGCACAACAGUUUCUUUAAAACUGCUCUUAGAUGCACUGAAUAAAUGGGAUUUCAAUAAUGAAACAUGGAUAGGACAUGCUUCAUACGACUCCGAUGCAACCAUUAUACAUCAUUUUGCCUUUCAUGGGGAUCCAAAGUUUUUCAAGUAUCCGAAUUUGGCUUCUGGGAUGGCUUUGAGUAUCCCAUUAUUGAAAAGACUGAGACACCGUUUAGAGAAAGGAUACAAACAACCAGAUUUUUUCAUCGAUCCGGCACACGAAUUUUCACUUUUUGUAUAUGAAGAUGGAAGAGGCCUGAUGAUCCAACAUGAACCAUUAUUCUGCUCCAAAGAGGAACCUAAUUGUGCAACUUAUCCCCACAAAUUUCAAUCUUGUGAAAUGCAGGAUUACAAUGGUAUUUCAUCAAUCUUUUUUGCCAUCAAAACAUGCCAAAAAUUCCACGACGAGAGACUGCGAGUUGUCCAAAAAACCUGGUUAGAAUACACCGUAAAUACUGCUAUUUUUAGCGAUGUUACUGAUUCAGGAAUUCCAACAUUAUCAUUGGACGUGCCAAACACAGAACAAGGCCAUUGCCAAAAGACAAUGGCAAUUCUUCAAUAUGCAUUAAAAAUAUUUGAUAACAACAGAAAGUUACGGUGGCUUGUUUUGGUUGAUGAUGACACUAUUUUAAGUGUAUCAGGAAUACUCAAUUUAACUAAUUGCUACCAGAACGCAACUCGAUCCCUAAUUUUAGGAGAAAGAUAUCGGUUUGGAGUUCAUGGCUUUAACUACCCCACUGGUGGAGCAGGGAUUGUGAUCAACAGGCAGGCACUGGAAAUACUAGCGAAAGCAUGCCAAUGCAUGCGUCCUGAUUCCCCAGACGAUAUGGUGAUAGGAGCUUGUGCCCUGGAACAUGGGCUAACGUUGGUUCAUAUACCUCAGUUGCAUCAGGCUCGUCCGGAUGACUAUGCUCCAGGACGUUUAGCAGUCAAAGAUGCCAUUAGUUUUCAUAAACAUUGGAUGAUCGAUCCGAUAAAAACAUACAAGCAGUGGUUUUUAGCAAAUGACGAAAGAAUGUUCAAACCAUCCCUUAAGACAGAAUUGUAAAAACAGUGAUAUUUUUUUUUGUCUAGUCUCUAGUUUCUAGUUGUGAUCAUAGAUAUUUUUAAAAAUAGAAAUAUGUAUCUCCGGCUAUAUUCCAUUUUGCAAAUGGAAUAGAUACCAGGUACCUACCUCUUUUCUAUAAGGAAAAAAAAAUACUAAUCUUUGCCUAUUAAACAAUUUAUUAUUGAAACCAUAUCAUGCAUUUUUAAUCAUCUACAAAUCUACUCCUUAACUUGUAAUACAUAGGUAAAGAUAUUAGAAACACUUUAUCUUUAUCUAGAAAGUUCCUCACAAUAAUUACCAAGUUAACGAACGGUUUGUAGUUAGCAUAUUCCAUAAACGAACAUACCUACUAUUGUUUAUAAUCCAGUGAAACAAAAUAAAGCUGAAGAAAAACACAAUGAAAUUCUCUUUUCAACCUAUUACAUAUUUAGUUUAGUUACUAUAACUACAAUAUUAAUUAUUCAGUAGUCAUUUUCUAUCCCCACAAAUCUCACAUCCUUUAUAAUUAUAUUAUAAUAUAAAAAUAGGUUAAUAGAGAUUUGGAACAAAAAUAAAAUUAUUUCUAAAAAAUUAGAAGAAAAAAAAUAUUCUAAAAAUAUGACUAUUGAUGAACAAAAUUAAACUUAAAGUUAAAUUGAAGACAUUUUUUCACUAAUUUCCAACAGUUUGACCUGAAACAAAAAAUAAUUUAAAUCAAAAUUCAUAAUAGAUAUUCCUGGUAUUCUUUCGAUCUGAACAAACGGAUUGUGAUCACAUGAGGUUUGUUCAUGACUCAGAAGGCGUCAAAAAACCAGCUAGGGCCAAUGAAAUCGUUUUAAAACCGGAUGAAAAUGAAAAUUGUUCGAAACAAACUUCAAGUAACUUCGAUCAGUUUGUUUAGAUUGAAAGAAUACACCUACUUUUACUUCCAGCGAGAAUUGAAACAUAUACUACAAAAAAAAUAGAACAAUAUUGUUAAGUGUCCCACCCUUGUCACGUAGGUACACUAGUCCUAGUUCUUUCAAGAAAAUCACACGAAAACUCCUGGUUCGUGAUUAAUGAGUGAAGUUCAAUUCUCCCAAGACAAAAGUUUAAUUAUCCCAAAGAAAUAGAUUUGUUUACAGGGGUAAGUAUUUUUUAUGAAAUUUUGAAAACAGAAAAUAUAUUUGGGAAGGGAUUUUGCAGUAAUGCAAAACACAGUACACAGUUUUUGGAUAAGUACAUUUUAACAGGAAGCAUGCCUUUGGGCAGGAUAACUCAAAAAGGUCAGAAAAUAAUAAUUUGUAAUUUGGUUCCAAGCAAGGAGUGUAGGAGUUAGACAAGUACCUACUUUAAAUGACACAUUCACUACCCAUUUUGUUUGAUAGAAGACUACCUCAAAAACGUAUUUUGUCAAAGAAAGAGGAAUAUUGCUAAGAGUUUUUUUAAGAAAACUACCUCUGGAAAUAGCGAAGGGUUUGUCGGAAAACUGCCAUUUUUUCAAGACUAUGAAAAGGAAUUAGGACAAAACUUUUGUUCAAAACUGACAGCCGAGUUUACAAGAAGAAGACGACAACUGUUAAAAUCCAACUCAACAGCAAAAAUUUGUUUAGGGUAUUGACACCUACGCUUGUUCCACGCUCAGCUAUUCCUUCGGGAUAGUUAGGUGGUCCGGCAUUGAUAUCAGCAACCUUCAGUGCAAAAUCAGAACUCACAAAAGCAUAAAAACAUCAUCCAAGAAGUGCCACAGAAAGUACAACAAUCCCACGGCAUUGGGGCGGAAGAGGACUGGCAGAUAUUUCAAAGCAGCUAGACCAACAGAUCGCCAACAUGCGCAGCUAUUUUCAACAAAAAGCAGGCACGUCUGAUUUACAUCGGUUUAUAUGUGAUACAGAUAACUUCACUCCUCUACAGCUAAAAGAGUAGCAAGUCUCAAU